CGGUAACGGUCAUAAAUAAUUCCAUAAACAAAAUUGAACUGUCAAUGUCAAUUUAUAUGCUAUGGCAAUAUGACAACAAAUUUCGUAAAAAAAGAAGAAAUAUUUGUGGUCAAUCAAAAGUCAAAAUGUCGUCGCUAACGAGCCUCCUACCGGCGCCCACUCAGCAGGUGUGGGAUCGUGAUGAUGAAUUCAAAGCGAAGCGUGUCGGAAGUGCCUUGGUUGUGUCCCAGAGUAGUGUGCCCCCUUAUGGUCAAAGAAAAGGUUGGGUGCCUAGAAAUGAAGAAGAUUUUGGAGAUGGAGGAGCGUUCCCAGAGAUCCAUGUGGCCCAGUACCCCUUGGGUAUGGGAGCCCGGGGCAAGGAGAGUACAUCCAAUGCAUUGGCCGUCCAGUUGGACGAAUCUGGACGGGUGAAGUACUCAGCGAUUGCCAGACAAGGUCAUAGUGCUGAUAAGAUAAUUUAUUCAAAACUGACAGACCUCCUACCAUCUGAGGUGUUAGCGGAAGACAACCCGACUCUUCAGAAGCCGGAUGAUGAAGACAUACAAGAAAUCACGGAGAAGACAAAGCUGGCAUUGGAGAAAUUGACCAAUGCUAAAAUAUCUGCUGCGAUGCCCGUUAAGGCUGCUCCCAAAGCUGCCCCGGCCCAGUACAUUCGUUACACUCCGGCGCAGCAAGGACAAGCAUUCAACUCUGGCGCUAAACAACGGGUUAUUCGAAUGGUAGAAGCCCAAGUGGACCCAAUGGAGCCACCCCGUUUCCAAAUAAACAAGAAGAUCCCCCGCGCCGCGCCCUCGCCCCCCGCGCCCGUGCUGCACUCCCCCCCGCGGAGGGUGUCGGUCAAACAGCAGAGGGAUUGGAAAGUACCCCCUUGUGUCUCGCACUGGAAGAACGCUAAAGGUUACACAAUCCCACUAGAUAAGCGUCUAGCGGCAGAUGGCAGGGGCCUCCAACAGGUACACAUCAACGAGAACUUCUCAAAACUCGCCGAAGCCCUGUACAUAGCUGACAGGAAGGCCCGCGAAGCUGUGGAGGCCAGAGCUCAGCUGGAGAGGAGAUUGGCGCAGAGGGAGAAGGAGAAGAAGGAGGAGCAUUUGAGAAUGCUGGCGCAAAGGGCCAGAGACCAUAGAGCUGGUAUCCGAGGCCCCGAAGAAGACCAAGAGCAAGCAGAAGCCGAUGAAAGCGGUCUGACAGCAGCCGAGAGAGACAAACUGAGGGCAGACAGACAUAAAGACAGACAGCGGGAGAGGAAUCUGGCUAGAGCUGCUCCGGACAAGAGAUCGAAGCUAGUGAAGGACCGGGAGCGUGACAUCUCAGAACAGAUAGCUCUAGGUCUGCCCGCGAAGACCAACCAGGGCGGGGAGGGCAUGUUUGAUCAACGGUUGUUCAACAACAGCAAGGGGAUGGACAGCGGUUACGGCGACGACGAGGUCUACAACGUGUACGACAAGCCGUGGAGGAACCAGGACUCUGUGGGCGCGCACAUCUACCGCCCCAGCAGGAACGCGGACAGGGACAACUACGGCGGGGAUAUCGACCAGCUGGCCAACACGCGGAGAUUCGUGGCAGACAAAGAGUUCGCCGGCACCAGCAGCGGCAACACGCGCUCCGGACCUGUUCAGUUCGAGAGAGACAACCCCAAUAGGGACGAACCUCAGCCCCGGCAGCAGACAGAAGCUGAUUUCGACCCGUUCGGUCUGGACCGGUUCUUGAGCGAAGCCAAACGUGCGGACAAAUCCGGGAGGAAGAGGGACCACCACGACAGACACGAUACACAUGGAAAAAAGAGAAGAGAUUAACCGAUUUGGACACUAGUUCUCGCAGUUUACUGGGUGAUGGCGCGAUAGUGAUGGCCUCCAACGCUCUAUGGCGGCGGAGGCAACCGAUAGUGAUCGCAGUCAGCCUUUAGAAUACUUGACCUUGAAAAUAUGAUUUUUCUAGGCAAUUAUGUGAUUAAUUAAAUCUAUUAGAUAGUGUUUUAAGUUGUGAAAAGUGUAAAGACUGCACUCGAAGUUAAAAAUACAAUGUUUUUUUUUCAGUAGACAGAGAAUACAAUAGACGUAACUAAGUCAUCCUUAUAAGGAUGUACUAUAGUACAUUUUUUCUGUGGAACGAAAGAUACCUAUGUGUCUUUCGUUUUGCACAUACAAGAUAAAUACACAAGAAGAAACGGGACAGAGUGCUAAUAUAUUUUGUCCUUAUCGUGUGCUGUUUUACAAGGCGCAAUCUGCCGCUAUGAGAUGUGCCGGGAAGUUGUAUGGAAUUCUUCUAUUCCAUUUGUACGUACGCUAGCCCGUUGUCUUUAUAAUUUUCUUUGUCUCUGGUUCUUUUUCAAACAAUAGGAACCUAUUUGUUUUUAUGAGCAAAUACCUAUACUCGAAACACUUGGGGUUUGUCAUUGUUCUAUGAAAGGUAAUAAUAUGAUUAAUUUGUAGGUUUUAUCGAUUUUGAAUGUAUUUUACGGCCGAAUAUUCAUAAUUUUAUGAAAUUAUUUAUUUGUAUGCUAGCUCAGCACUGUCGUCGAACAGUUUGCAAAACUUUGGCUAAUUCGGCAUACAUUGCUGGUAUUUCAUUGCGGUAAAUAAAAGCACUCACACUAACUGCGCAAUGUUCUCGCAUUCGCAUAGCGUAUGUCUGAGUUCGGCGACAGUGUGGAGAUUUUGAGUAGUGCACGUUUUCACGAGAUCCAUGUAUUGUACAAUAAUAAUAUGAGAUUUUGAAGUGAUGGUGGUCUAAUAGUUGAGACUGUGAACCGAAAGAUCCCAGGUUCGAAUGCUACUUGUGGCACAUGAAUUUCUAAAACUUGGUGUAGUAACCUGCACUCUGGUUGAUAAUUUAUCAUCUAGUGUGUGAAAUGGAGGAGGCAAUGACAAACCCAUUAAUAUUGCCAAAAAAGUGUUUCUGAACACGACUCAGCUCAGCCAUGAAGAAUUUAGAAUGUUUAAAAAAAUGUUUCAAGUAAAUGUCCGGUCGUUUUGUUUUUAAAUGAAUGGCUGUUAGGCUGUUAGAUAUGACACAUAAUGGGCGAUCGAUGAAAAUUGUCGAAGGAAUAAGAAAAAAUAUCAGAACUUUCUGUCAAGGCAAUAAUUUUUGUAACUCUUUUGAAUUCGGAAAAAUCGGUUCCUAACAACGAAAAUUUUAAUCGAUCGUCCAUUGUGAAUUAGUAUAAAUUGCUAAAUAAUGUAGUGUUAAGUUUUUAUACGCCAACAUGUUUGGUGUAAAUUAUUUUGUAUGCACAAAAUGUGUAAAAUAAAUAGAGAUAUUGACAAUC